AGCGAAAUGGUUCCUCAACCCAAAUACGAAUACCAAGUCCUUCGCAACCACAUCGCAACUGCUUGCUGCAGAAUCCGAAACAGCCAUGGCAAGAGUCACAGGCAUCAAGACCACUUACAUCAUUUGCGAGAAUGGCGACACAACAACAACGACGCUACAAAAUUUCGACGCCUCAAACGAUGAUGUAUCCGAGGUUCGAGUCGGUUUGCCAAUCGGCGUCGAGCCGGUGAAGGUACGUUUUGAUCCGUUGUUUUGAAUACCAUGCGUCGUCUAUCAUUUCUCCGAUUUGGUUCUGAAUCAGUGUGAUCAGUGUCUACCUAAAUGGAGUUAAUACAAAACGCGAUGGGAUGCUACAUGUUUUACCAAACUGAACUGACGGGUCGGCAAAAUAUACGUUUUUGUUCACCACUACCAGCCACAACCAGGGGACGAAGGGUAUAGCGGAAUGCACGACCAAGGACCUCUUCCUGAACCCAAGGAGGGUGGCCCUGUGGCCUUCUUGAUCGGAUGCGUGAAAGCAGCAAAAGAGCACAGCGACGAAUUUCUCACCAAAUGCAUUGAAGAAGAGAAAAAGAAGAAAACCCAAGGAGAACAGCAACAGUCCUCUGAAGAAAUAAUACGCACAACGACACCGGUCGAUUCGCCUGGGACUGUCGCAAAGAAGUCUGCGGAGCUACCUAACAAAAGGUCAAAACAAUGAGCGCCAUAAUAAACGAUAUUGUUUGCGUCAAUAUCUUUAGCCAAUGUAGUAUCUCGACCAAAGAACUAAACACAAAUAAAGUACGAUGUACCGUAUAAAGGUAGCUCUCCACCAGAAUCAAAGGUAAAUUUCCAAGGUGGAAGAAAUAAAGAAUCAAUGCAAUUGAGAAAUGGAUAGUACUUACAUCAUCCUCUUCCCUCUCUUUUCAUUCAUGAGAGGAGCUAAUUUUAAAAAAUAGAAUUUCUAGAUAGCA